AUGAAGGGAUCGGAUCCAAAACCACAAUCCUACGAGCAACUUCCACUACAGUUCCAGCUGUACGACUGCUCAGCCGGCCAAUCAGAUUGCUCCCAGUGCAGGGCGGUGCCGGAGGAGUACGGCUGCGUGUGGUGUUCAGGGACUUGUGUUUACAACCAGUCCUGUACCAGCGUACCUGCAGACACCUGCCCCCCCCCUCAGAUCACACAGGUGUCAGAGCGCUGCUCUGUCCUGUCGUCCUCUCAGAUGACCUGUCCGACCCCCGCGGUGACCCCAGAGGUCAAAGUGAAGGGCGUCUGGUUUCAGCUGGACAACGUCAGAGUCCACUACGAGACAAUCAAGGGUAAAAGCUUCACUUAUUAUCCAAACCCCGAGUUCUUUCCCCUGAAUAGAGAAGCUCCAGAUGCUCCGUAUCGCUUCAAACCAGGAGGCGUGAUCGCCGUGGAGGGUCAGCACCUGACCAGAGCCAUCUCGAGACAGGAAGUGAAGGCUCGACUCGGAGAUCGUGAGUGUGAGGUGAAAACCCUGGACAACACCCACCUGUACUGUGAGCCCCCAGAGAUCCAACCGCUGAGCGUGGACGACCGCAGCGAGCUGCCCUGCCUCAAGGUGUUCAUGGGAAACCUGGAGGUGGAGCUGGGACGGGUCCAGUACGACAGCGACUCUCUGUCUGUCGUCCCAUUGGCUGCUCAGAUCAGUUUGGCGGCGGGAGCUGCCGUCAUCAUCCUAUCAGUGCUGGUCGUCAUCCUCAUGUACAGGAGGAAGAGUAAACAGGCUCUCCGGGACUAUAAGAAGGUUUUACUGCAGCUGGAAACUCUGGAGAUCAACGUGGGAGACCAGUGUCGCAAGGAGUUCACUGUUGCUUCUUUCCCACCUUUUUGA